CCCGACGUCGGGAAUAGAGUGGAGCUUCCGCUAUCAAAAUCCAAAAUAUCAACCAUUGUUAGGGUUGACUCAUUCCCGACCGUGGGAUAUUUUUCAUUUCUAUAAAUGCAUCCCCAAUCACCUGUUGUGGUUGAAACCUCCCUGGUCUAUAUGAAUUGACUUUAACAUUCCGUGGUUGUUCUAGAAAAAUGCCUGCCUCCUGUCCAGAGACCGAGGUUCUGCCUCAGUAUAGCUUCACCGACGACUACAGCGAAGGAGCUCACCCACAAUUACUUGAAGCACUUCUGCGCUCAAAUUCCACCCAACAAUUUUCCUAUGGCAAUGAUGAAUACAGCAAUGAAGCUCGCCGGUUAAUCCGGACUCGACUUCAAGCUACCGAAGAUGAGGUAGACAUCCACUUCGUGCCCAGCGGCACCUCCGCCAACCUGAUCAGUAUCGCCAGCUGUCUACGGCCCUACGAGGCAGUAUUAACGGUAGACUCGGGCCACAUCGUCGACAAAGAGGCCGGUGCCAUCGAAGCCACCGGCCACAAGACUAUCCUCGUGCCGGGUGUUCGAGGCAAAAUGACCCCCGAGAAUCUAGACCAUGUAGUGCGCCAGCACCAAUGGUGCCCUCACAACGCUAAGCCACGUUUGGUGUAUAUCUCCAACGCCACCGAGCUGGGGACCGUCUACACCAAACGCGAACUCCAAGAACUGUCGGCCAUGUGCAAGCAGUGGAAGCUAUUACUGCUUAUGGACGGCGCCCGCCUCGGCGUCGCGCUCAGCGCACCGUCCAACGACGUAACCCUCCGAGAUCUGGUCGACCUCCUCGACAUUUUUUGGAUCGGCGGUACUAAGAUGGGCGCCCUCCUGGGAGAGGCAAUUGUCGUGCGCUCCCAUCUUGCCGAGGGGUUUGUUUUCCACUUGAAACAACGCGGAGCCUUGCUGGCCAAGGCGCGCAUCAUGGGCGUGCAAUUUGCAGAGCUGUUCCGGGAGAACCUCUACUUUGAUCUGGCGACCCAUGCCAACACCAUGGCGCAGCGCAUCUCGGCCAACUUUGAAAAACUGGGCUAUCCGUUGGCUGCACCGACUGAAACAAAUCAGGUUUUUGUCACUUUGCCCACGGCGUUGGUGCGACAGCUGCAAGAGCGAUUCCGGUUUUAUACCUGGGAUCCGUUGGAUGGGGAGCGGGCUGUGAUGAGGUUUGUUACCUCUUGGGCCACGGAGCCGUUGGAGGUGGAUAAGCUUAAUGCGUGGGUUCAGCAGUGGACGACUGUAUGAUGGCAUGGCAUUUCUUUGAGCGACUUUUGCAUGUUCUCUUUCUUGAUGCUGCAUUUUCUGGUUGGGAGCGCAUUUGAGCGAUAUAGAUUUUAAUAUGACUAAUUUCUUCAUGACUGAAUUUGGUAUGUAUGAGCUGCCACUAUUAUUGAAGGAUUAUAUAAUUGUAUUAUAGUAUUUUCCUCCGGCUUUGAGGAUUAUAACAGAUCCUAGAGGUGUGAAAGGGCUAUUCCUUCGAACUAGAUAACCUCUAGCUACAGCUUCCAUAGCUAGCUCCACAACUUGGGUUCAGUGCACUCUGUUCGAUCCGGUAGUAUUCUUUUGGGAAGCUCGUUCUCAAGCUAUAUUUAAACAGGUGAACAUCUUCUAGUAUUGGCAAUACAAGCCACGUGGUCCUGUAGCAAGGUACAGAAU